AUGAUGAUAAUGAUGGAAAUGAACAAAGAUAAAUCACCAACAGAAAUGCCACCAAAAGAAGAGAAAAGAAUAAUGUUACCCGAAACUUCGCAGCAGACAAUUCGUACUGAUGACGACUCGUACCAACAGCGAGCAAACCGCACUUACGACCGUAUCCACAAACCAAAUAAAAUUUUACUAAAGCAAGCAAAUAAAAAGGAUUACUAUAUAGUUGUCUCCACAAGAUUCACCGGAAGGGUACUCAUCACCACUGCAAUUCUUCACUAUAGCGACUUAAAUGCGCAUCUAUCUACUACUCUUUUUCUAGGGCCUACUCUAGAUAUUGCUUCUUCUCUUUAUCAAACCAAAACUAUACACUACAACAGAGAAUGUGCAUAUUACAUCAAGUGGACCAAGGCCAAACCCACAAAGAUUAUACCCCUACAAACUAAUCAAACCAAUAAGAACCAUAAUUCUGGCAAAGUAUGCUCAUUUCAUAAAUGGAAAACAGAGUAUACUGUGAACGGUAUGUCAUAUGUUGCACCAAAUACACCACUGAAGCUAGCUGACUACUUCAACAUCACUGGAGUUUUCUCUGUUGGGACCAUCCCUACCAGCCCUUUAAAGGACACCAAUAAUGCCUACUUCCAAACGUUCAGUAGUGGAAGGUGGACACCUCAAAGUAUAGCACAUUACAAUCUAAGAGAUGCUGUAUGUAGAUGCACCACUCAGGUGUACCCCAAGUCAUGGACAGAAAUAUACGUGGCACUAGACAAUGUGGGAAUGUGGAACCUAAGGUCUGAGAAUUGGAGAAUUGGGUAUAUCAAGUGA